AUUCCCUUCCUUUCCUCUUUGACCACAUUCCACGCUCUUCUCUCUCAAACUCUCUCUCUUUCGCGAUGGAACCAAGUGUUCUCACAGAGCUCUCAAUCCAAACGCUGAGACUCCUCUCAAAAUCGCUUAUUUUCCUCUCCGACCUCUCCGCCCACCCCCUUUUUGCCGUCGCCGCCACCUCCUCCCUCCUCGCCCUCCUCUACCUCCCUCGGCCCCUCCUCCCCCUCAUCUUCUCCCCCGCCCUCCUCUCCUCCCUCCUCCUCAUCUCCACCCUCCUCCGCUUCCGCCCCCCUGCGUCGCCACCCUCCGCCGUUUCCCCUCCCAGACCCAUCCCCCAAACCCCCGCUGUCGACGAACCCAUCGCCCUCCCCACCGUUCCCAACCCCAAACCCGAGUCGGCGCCGGACUUCGCUGGGUUCCGCCAGAAGGCGGCAUUUUGCGACUCCUUCGUUGAAUGGGGCCGCAGGGGAGGCCCCCUCGAGGUAAUCUACGAGGAGUACGAGGGCGAGGAGGACGAGGAUGGCGGUGACUCACCGGGAUACUUGCGAUCGCCGGAAUAUUCUUAUCCGGGCGGCGGGGAAUUGUGUUCUUUGGGGUUCUGCUUCACGGAUUCUUCCGAGGCCGAUAGCGACGACGACUCCUCGGCGGCUGAGGGCUGGGAGUCGCCGGAGAACCUUUUCUCCCGGUGGGAUGAGGAGGGCGAUGGCAUGAUUGAAAUCGCGCUCGAGGAGGACAACAUGAUCGAGAUCGACAUCUCCGACUGCCGGUGAUCGCCGGAAUCUCGGGCGCCGCCUCCCGGCGGCGGAGGGGGAGUUGUUCUUGUUUCCUUUUUUUUUCUGAAAUAGAAAAAUCAAGACGGGCUCGGAGCGCGGGGUGGUUUGGUAAAUUAUGGUUUCUACGAGGGGUUGAUGCGUUUAUAUGUACCAACUUUCUUGUAUAUAAGCCAUCUCGGCAUGCGAGGCUUUUAAUCUUGGAAAGUAUUUGAUUAUGAGGUGGAAAAUUGCUAAGAAGCCCCUGACUUUUAUAACGCUAUGUCCGGGUACAGGGGCCAAGUGCGGACAGCCGUCUGAUUGACAAGGAGUUGAGAAUGGAUUCGGAUAUUUGAUUGAUCCUCAGAUUGGCACAGUGGAACCAGCGCAAUCGAGGCAUCGUGCUGAUGGAGCGCCGUCCGAAUCGAAAAGAUUGGCUAGGUACCGGUAAGUGAUGGCCGGUCGUGCAAAAUUAGAAAAAUCAUGAAUGAUUAGAAAAACUGAUAAUAGUCCAAGAUGUUUAAUGUAGAGCUAUUUUUAGAUGCUAAAUUUGGGCAUUGGUUUCCUAGAUAAUGCUAGCCCCUGCUGUAAUAUGAGAGGGAACUAUAUCGUGAAAGGAGUGAAACUACUUCCAACAAAACAGAUGCUACAAUUAAAGCCACUUUUUCACAAACACUGCAUCCACAUCCAUUUUGGCAUUGGUUUUGAUGUAAUGAAAAGACUUAAGCUACCUUAUUCCUCCCUUGUUUUAGGAGAAAGGGACGUCGAUCCUUACCUUCUCGCUAUGAUAUGUCACCAACCUAAGGAAAUAUCAAGCACUAAUGGUGGCCUCUAACGUCCAAUGGAUAAUAGAGCCUAAAUUCACAAGUAAAGGGUGGAUUAAGACAGGCCGGUCGAAAAGCUUGCUAUGUGUUGAUUGGUCUGUUUCUAGUUCAUAAUCUACUUCUGAAUGAUACUGAUGUUUAACCAAGAAAGUGCUUAUGAUGGAUAACAAGAUGCCAUGCCGAGAAGGACACCAGCUGCUUGGGGUGACUUGGGCUUCUCUCAUAGAAGCACCCUUUUUGAUUCCAUCGCAGAAACUCCAAAUGGAACUGUUUACAUAAUGGUGAAAUCAACAUAUUUUUCUCUUGGCAUGGAAAGAAACUUGAAAAGGAUGCGUUCGUUGAGGCAUUUGAGGACAAGAAGAUGAGCAAAGAAGGGGUUAACUGAAGGGCAUGCAGGUCAUUUGCUACUCUUGUUAACCCUGAAACGAAAGUUGGUGAGGAUUAUCUAAGGUGACUUGCAGAUGCAGUCUACAGAUUUAUAAAGGAAGAAAGAUUGUAUCUCAGUUCUAUUGAUGCUGCAUGCAUGGUUAGCUAUACCUUUUGUAGUGAAAUUGAUGUUACUUCCUCUUCUAAUAAAUUGGGUGGUUUUUCCUGUA